AUGGACGGGCUUCUUGGCCCAAAUGGCUUCACCAUUCCUGCGGAAGUCAACGUCAGACUACUGCCACUUCAAAGCAGAUUGGCCACUGAAGACCAACACCUCACUCCAAGAGUUCUGGGUGUCGAAAGCAGCACAAGAGGACAGGAGUGUCGUCAGCUGUACACGCCUUCAAAUCGCGCAGCUUGGGCCACGCCUCCAAUGUCAGUAGCAAGAUUUGAAAGCGCGGAGACUAGGCGUCGUUUUGAAGAGCCACCGGGCAGAAGAUACUGGGAGGGAGAAAGAAGUGAUGAUGGUCGGCGCGACUCGAGGACCGAAGCGUGGUCCGCUCAGCACACAUUCCCGAAGCCGCCAGAGAGGCGGAACAGAGAAUCAAGCGAGGAUUAUGACAGCUACAGGGCAGCAGCCACGGUCAUGCGGGAUCAACAGUAUGCGCCGCCAACCAGUGCAUCAUCAUAUGCCGAUCCGCAACGGCGGAGGCUGGUGACUGACCAAGCCGACUACGAGAUUAUCAAGCCACUCCGAUCGACGACCGGCAGUUUAAGCCACGAAGAGCUGUACUUGAUCGAAGACUGCAACACCAAAGAGCUGUUCCAGAGAGCGCGCGCGACAGCCGAGCGCAACGCACUAUUGCAGAUCAUGACACAAGAAGGUGCCUCUGCGCAUGUCGUCCAAAUCAUCGAGGCCUUCUACGACGGCCGAAGCGCAUACAGCCAUCUCAUCCUCGAACACUGCGACAGUGGCACCCUCGAGGACUUCAUCUGUCGCUACCAGCGAGAAGACAGGAGAACUCCCGAAGACUUUGCUGGGCAUGUGCUGGCAAGCCGGGCGUCUGCACUCUGCACAUGCCACUACGGAGGCGGCCAUGCUGGUGCUACAGGCACUGCUUCUCGAGAUUGGAAAAUGCUGUGUCAGGUCAACAUCAAGCCGUCCAACAUCUGGCUCACGUCGCAAGAAAAGGUUGGGCCCUACCCUCGAAUUGUGCUUUGUGGAUUUGAUCUUGUCUCGACCAAGGAAGAUAUCACAAGCAGAAGGGCUCACGAGUUGUCGUGUCGUGCGUGUUGCGGGGCUUCUCGGCUGCCAAUCCACUUCGGCGGACGACGAUGA